AUGAAGUUAGACACGCGCACUACGGCCGAAAGCGACGAUUUGAUUGGGCGUGAGUCGGAUGUAGAAUGCAAAGAGCGAACUACAGACGACAGAAUGGAAGAUAAAGAAAACACAGUUAAUGGACAUCAAAGGAAGCGGCGCACCCUAGAGAUUACCAUGGAAACAGACGACUAUGCACAGUCUACAAAACGACAGCGGCAUAUAGAUACCGAACUUCAGCCUAAUAAUGGGAAAGCUAACCGUGACAACUACGAGGAGGUUGAUCAGAGAGCGAAAGGUAGUACUGAUGGUGAAGAUGAAGUACAUGAUGGUGUCAGCUCUCGUGGACGGGAUGAUGGAGGUGGUUACCAGGGUAACGCCAUUCACAGGAGAAUGUCGGUGAUUAAGCAACCGUCGCCGAGGAGUGAAAUGUGUAAUCAACAAUAA